AUGUCGGAUUCGUUUUUCUCUGACCCUUCGAAGAAGAGAAAGCGUCCAUCGCGAGGACCCGAGAAGUCCAGAAAGAAGAAUGGAUCAGCCCCAAAUGGUCGGCAAAAGGAGAUCCCCGAAAGCUCCAGCGAUAUAGACGAGGAAGAAGUGCAAAGUGAUAUAUUUGAUGAAUCGUCUUCAGUUGUAUCUGAAGAGGAAGAAGAAGACAACUCCAGCGAGGAAGAACAUGCAGGCGAAAGUGCAGCAGACAAAAGAAGACGCAUGGCCAAACAGUAUUUAAGCGAAUUGCAGGCGGAAGCUGAGGUGUAUGACUUCGACGCCAAAGAUUUGGACGAUGACAUUAUUGCCUCCAGGUUGCAGAAAGACGUCUCUGAGCAACAGGGACACGUUUACCAAUUCAUUGGUGACAAAUUGCUAUUUGAAGAGGCCAAGAUAACUGUUGCCAGGGCCCCCUGUAUAGGGCUGACGGGAGUUGCAGUACGGUAUCCCUACGCCUUCACAAUUUCUAAAGACAUGGAGCUUGCAAAGUGGAACGUGAAAGACGAAGACAAAAAGCCUGUCAAACUGAAGUUUGUCAAAGGAGGACGUAAAUACACAGAAAUUUCAAAAGAGCAAAUGAAUAAUGGCCACUGUGACGAGAUACUAUCUGUGGCUGUGAGUCCCGAUGGCAAGUAUGUUGUCACGGGAGGUCGUGAUAAGCGCAUUAUUAUUUGGAGCAGCGAAAAUUUGGCUCCGAUCCGUGUUUUGGAGACCCGCGAUCGUCGAGGAGAGGUCUUAGGACUAGCGUUCCGCCGAAAUACUGAUCAGCUGUACGCGGCCUGUGCUGACCUCAAAAUCAGAACCUAUAGCGUCAAUCAACAGGCACAGCUAGAAACGCUUUACGGACAUCAAGACUUGGUUGCUGAUAUCGCUGCAUUGGCUCAGGAAAGAUGUGUCACUGUGGGAUCUCGAGACCGGACUGCUAUGCUAUGGAAAAUAGCAGAAGAGACAAGACUCACAUUCAGAGGCGGAGACACGCCCAAGGCAGGUAUUGAUUUUUACGCAGAGGGUAGUAUUGACUGUGUCUCGAUGAUUGAUGACACUCAUUUUGUCACGGGAUCAGACAAUGGCAACAUAUGCCUAUGGUCUCUAGCCAAAAAGAAACCUUUAUACACAGAGAGACAGGCACACGGACUUGAACCUGAGAUGGAGCCUUGGAAAGCUAGCGCUGAGAGUAACCUAGAGGAGGCGCGGUUGCAAGUCCCAAAACCACAACCCUUCUGGAUCACUUCUAUUUACGCCGUUCCCUACAGUGAUAUUUUUUUCUCUGGGUCCUGGAAUGGAGAGAUUAAAGUUUGGAAGCUGGAGAAAGACCUGCGCAAGUUUGUUCUGAUCGGCACGUUGGAGAGGGCCAAAGGCGUGGUGACGAGGAUUAGCGCCCACCUCGAAGACGAGCAAGUGCGGGUGUACGCGUCACUUUCAAAGGAGCACAGGCUGGGACGCUGGAUAGCCGGAGCAAAAGGUGGCAGGAACGCAUUGUACUCGUGUGUGAUAAAUAUAAAGGGUAAUUAAUAAUACAUAGCAAGAAUUAGCCGGUAUUUGAAGUAGUCUUACAUAAAUCGAAAGCAACAGGGGUCAAAUCUAGAUCAGGGCAGCCAAAACAAUUCCAGUCAGGCCGAAGGCGAAACCACUUAUUGGAGCCACUCCGUUAGCUUGAGCGCUGGAAGAAGAAGAAGCAGCAGUGGAAGUUCCUUCGUCAUCGUAGGUGGAAACUGAAGUAGAGCUUGAGCUGGCUUUCGAGCUGGACUUGGUCGUCUUCGACUUAGAGCUCGAAAAGGAAGAGCUGACGCUCGAGGACUUGACGGCGGAUUUGCUGUAAGCGGACGAAGGAGCCACCGAGGAUCUUAUUGGAGCCCUCGAAGAGGAUGGAGCUGCCGAUGUCACAUAUGACGUUCUCAAAGUGGAGGAUGGCACUGUUGAGCGUCUGCUGGACAGAGCAGAGCUCUGGGAAACCUCCUGGGAGGAGCUCACAGUAGCAGCAGAAGCAAUAGCUAGCAGACCCUUGGCCUUCUCCAACGAAAGAGAAGACUCAGCAGCAAGGGAGGCUGCAGACGCGGCGGAAGCAGAGGCUUCGGAGGCCUCAGAAACAGAAGCAGCAGAAGCUGCCGCGACGGAAGCCGCAGAAGCAGAGGCAGCAGAAGCAGAAGCCGCAGAAGCAGAAGCCACACUAGCAGCAGAGGCAGCAGAGGCAGCUGAAGCGGAGGACUCACUGGCAACUGAUGCCGCAGACGCAGAGGCAGCAGAGGCGGACGACAACGAUAGAGCAGAGCUUUCGGAUGGCGAUAGCAAGGUCUUCGUCACGGUGACAGUGACCUGCGAAGUGGUGGUUUCCUCGGCUUUGGUGUAAGCUGACAGCAAAAGAAGGGGCACAAAAGUUUUGUAAAGCAUUAUUAUU